GGGAGGGGCGGCGCGAGCCCGCGCAGUCGCCGUUCGCGUCCGGCGGGGCGGGCGUCGAGCUCCGUGAGGCGGCGCCGCCUCCGCCGCCGCCGCUGCUGCUGCUUCUCCGUCUGAGGCGAACCGGAGGCGGCUUCGCUCCGUAGCGAGGAUGACAAUUCUUGUAUUUUUUUUUAAAAAAGGGAAUCCGGCUCUUUUCUGAAGAAGAAGGGAAGGACGGAAGGACGGACGGAAGGAAGGGGAGAGGCCGGCCGGGAUCGAGCGAGGCAGGUCGGGCCUGCCAGACGACGACGGAAGCGCGGAUGGGGUCGGCCGUGGCCGGCGGCUGAUCCGGCCUCCCGCCCUGCGCGUGGGUCCGUCUGCGGGGAGCGAUGUCGAACGCGGGCACCCGCAGGGCCGGCUCCAGCAUCAAAAUCCGCCUCACAGUGCUUUGUGCCAAGAAUCUUGCAAAGAAAGAUUUCUUCAGGCUUCCUGAUCCUUUUGCAAAGAUUGUGGUGGAUGGGUCUGGUCAGUGUCAUUCCACCGACACUGUGAAGAACACUUUAGAUCCCAAAUGGAACCAGCAUUACGAUUUAUAUGUUGGAAAAUCAGAUUCUAUCACCAUCAGUGUCUGGAAUCAUAAGAAAAUUCACAAAAAACAGGGAGCUGGCUUCCUGGGAUGCGUCCGACUUCUUUCCAACGCUAUCAGCAGGCUAAAAGAUACGGGAUACCAGCGUUUGGAUCUAUGCAAACUAAAUCCUACAGACACAGAUGCAGUCCGAGGCCAGAUAGUUGUCAGCCUACAGACACGAGACAGGAUAGGCACAGGAGGGUCUGUGGUAGACUGCAGGGGGCUCUUGGAGAAUGAAGGAACGGUUUAUGAAGACUCGGGACCUGGGAGGCCCCUGAGCUGCUACAUGGAGGAGCCAGCCCCGUAUACGGACAGCACAGGAGCUGCUGGCGGAGGGAACUGUAGGUUCGCGGAAACCCCUGGCCAGGAUCAGACCCUCCAGGUCCAGCGAUUGCGGGGUCCUGAUGUAAGAAGCCAUGUCCAGACCCCCCAAAAUAGGCCCCACGGUCAUCAGUCGCCAUCACCCGAUCUGCCUGAAGGCUACGAGCAAAGGACAACAGUACAGGGACAAGUUUACUUUUUGCAUACACAAACUGGGGUUAGCACCUGGCACGAUCCCAGGAUACCAAGAGACCUUAACAGUGUGAAUUGUGAUGAGCUUGGACCUCUGCCUCCAGGCUGGGAGGUUAGAAGUACAGUAUCGGGAAGAAUAUAUUUUGUAGAUCAUAAUAACAGAACCACGCAGUUCACAGACCCAAGACUGCAUCACAUAAUGAAUCACCAAUGCCAACUAAAAGAAUCCAACCAGCCUUUGCAAGCCCCCAACGAGGGCUCGCUGGAAGACAGCGAGGAGCUGCCCGCUCAGAGAUACGAACGGGACCUGGUGCAGAAGCUCAAGUUCCUCCGGCACGAACUCUCCCUCCAGCAGCCCCAGGCUGGCCACUGCCGCAUCGAAGUAUCCAGGGAGGAAAUAUUUGAGGAAUCUUACCGUCAGAUAAUGAAGAUGAGGCCAAAAGACCUGAAGAAGAGGCUGAUGGUGAAAUUUCGGGGAGAAGAAGGCUUAGAUUAUGGUGGAGUGGCAAGGGAAUGGCUGUACCUUCUAUGCCACGAAAUGCUGAAUCCAUAUUAUGGGCUUUUCCAAUAUUCAACUGAUAACAUUUACACGCUGCAAAUAAAUCCUGAUUCCUCCAUCAACCCCGAUCAUCUGUCUUAUUUCCACUUUGUCGGUCGGAUUAUGGGGCUGGCCGUGUUCCACGGGCAUUACAUCAAUGGGGGUUUCACGGUCCCUUUCUACAAACAGCUGCUGGGCAAACCCAUCCAGUUAUCUGACUUGGAAUCGGUUGAUCCAGAGCUACAUAAGAGCUUAGUCUGGAUUUUAGAGAAUGACAUCACUCCAGUUCUGGACCAUACCUUCUGUGUGGAACACAAUGCUUUUGGCAGAAUUCUGCAACACGAACUCAAGCCGAAUGGAAGAAAUGUUUCCGUUACAGAGGAGAACAAGAAAGAAUAUGUCAGGCUGUACGUAAACUGGCGGUUCAUGAGAGGAAUUGAAGCCCAAUUCCUGGCUCUUCAAAAAGGUUUUAAUGAACUUAUUCCUCAGCACCUCCUGAAGCCUUUUGACCACAAGGAACUUGAGCUCAUCAUUGGUGGCCUAGAUAAGAUUGAUCUGAAUGACUGGAAAGCCAACACGCGUCUGAAGCACUGCAUGGCCGACAGCAAUAUCGUCAAGUGGUUCUGGCAAGCGGUGGAAGCCUUUGAUGAGGAAAGGAGAGCGCGGCUGCUCCAGUUUGUCACGGGCUCCACGCGGGUCCCCCUUCAGGGUUUCAAGGCUUUGCAAGGUUCUACAGGCGCGGCAGGACCCAGGCUGUUCACUAUCCACUUGAUAGAUGCAAAUACAGACAACCUCCCAAAAGCUCAUACUUGCUUUAAUCGGAUUGACAUUCCGCCUUACGAGUCUUACGAGAAGCUUUAUGAAAAGCUAGUGACCGCCGUGGAAGAGACCUGUGGCUUUGCGGUAGAGUGACCAGGCAACCAAAGGAAACCGACAUGGCUGAGCUCACGGACCACCAAAUCGAAAAAGCUGUAAGGAGAAGCUUGCUGUGAACUUCUUUUUUGUCCAAAGUGUUUGCUUGACAACUAGGGGUUGCAAAGGCUGUUUUCCCCCUUCCUUCGAACGGCGUCGGCGAAGAGGGAAGCUUUUUAUUUUGGAGGUUCCCAAACAUAACUUUCUCCCUCUCGUGACAAUAACCCUCCCUUUCCUUCCUUCCAUUUCCCAGGAAAAAACAACAACGACAAAACAAAACCACAAAAACAGGCAGCCAGGCUCAGCGCUUGGUUUCGGUUACCCGCGAUAAUUCUGCUAGAUUUGUAACACAUAUUGUGAUAAGGUCUACGACCUGUGGUCUUUUUUUAUAGGAGAUUCAAACUGUAGUUGAGUAUCUUUGCCAUUGGUUUGCCGAGGAGUUUGGUUGAUAAAUGUCUGUGGAUGUUUGUCUUCGACGCAACCCUGAGCCCUUGUAGGAUCCAGAAGCUCUGGAGACAAAAAGAUAAAAAUAAAAUAAAUGGCACUGGAAUUCCUCAUUAGCACAUUUCAAGGAAAGCCCGUUUAAGGAAUACCUAGCAGAGCCCAGCUCUGUCAGCAUAGGAAAACUUGAGGAUUAUUAUUCCUGGUCAGGAAGCUUUUUUUUUUUUUUUUUUUCCUCCUGUGAAUGAGAUGACUUGGCUCUUAAGAGGAACAAUUCAGGAGAAUCAAACCAUCUUGAACGACGCUCGUUUCUUUUUCUUUCUGCGGGGCUCCUUUGCCUAGGAGAUAGACUCAUUCUUUGGAAUAAUUUUCCAUUUUUCUUUUGGCGAUCCCUGGCAUCUAUUACAGAGAAAGCAGGGCACGGGCUCAGAUUCUCAAGAAAAUCCACCACCUUUUUUUUUUUCUCUGUUUCUUGCUCUGUUUUCUGAAAUGCUUUCAUUGUGAUGUGAAACGGCCGAAAUUCUUUCCACAGGAAAUAGCUCAUAGCAAAGAUAAACGGAAUCCAGUUCCAUUUCUGAGCCGUCUGGAAUAUAGCACGGCUCUUGUGAAAGGAAUUGUAACACAGGCCUUAGCCUGUAGAGACUGAGUAUUCCAAACAACGGUUUCCAGCGUCUCUCUUUUUUUCCCUCCAGUCCCCCGACACAAUUUUCACAAUUGAUACCAAUUUGUUUGCCCUCCAUGCAACUUCCAGGGGAUGGAAGAAUCCAAGUGAUAAGAUCCCCCUGUCAAAACGCUUCUUUUUAAUUUGCACAAACAAGAAGGCCGGUAAUUGUUAACAAGAUAACAUUUCUCGGGGGUCAGAAAUUCCACUAACCAUCAGGUGUAACCUUGACACUUUGUGAGAGUUUUCCUUCCUCCUCCUUUGCAAAGAAGCAUAUUAACAGGUGUCAGAACUUCAUACGUGGGUCAUGUUGGUGUGGGGUUGUUUUUGCUUGUUUCUGUCAGGUCUGCAAGGAUAUUUCUAUCGUCACUUAUACAACCAAUUGAGAAUAGCUUUAAACUGUGAUAGGACAAACCAAAAUUAGAUAACUUGUCCAGAUCCCCGGAUUGUUUUUUCUUCCUGUUUAUUCAGUUGACUGUAACUCUCGGCGACGGAAAACUUCAGAAUUCCAUUUGAGAAAGCAAAUCUACCUUUGUGAUAUUUGCACCGUGUGGCAAAACGAUUGGGUUUUGUGGUUGACUUAACAACUGACUCGCAAUGUCCUUCCGGGAUUCGUUUGCACUUAUGAGGCCAUUCCAAUGCAUUGCGGAUAAUCUGAGAGGGGAUUAGUUCAAGGAGGCUUUUUCAGAUCUUGAAGGACCUUAGCAAACUUCUGGACAGCAGAAAUCUACCAGCAUUUUCCAAGAUGAUAUACUUGAGUCAUGAUUGACCCUGCCACUGGAAUUUAAGCCUCUAAAGAAUCAGAAAGGUGUGAAUUCUGCUCCCACUAAAAUGACUUGCACAGUCUGUUUCCCAGCCAUUGAACGGUGUUAAGUGGUGCUUCAGCCACGCCCAAAAUGGAGGACGGUGAACAAGUCAAGCAACUUGAAAUGCAAAAGGCAGUCUGUGGCAGUCUGCAUCUAGCAUUAAAAGGUAGCUUUUGGACAGGGGUGUCCAAACUUGGCAACUUUGAGACUUGUGGCCUUCAGCUGCCAGAACUGGCUGUGGGAUUCUGGGAGUUGAAGUCCACAAGCCUUACAAGUUGCCAAGGUUGGAGAGCCCUGCCCUAGAAGGCUGAUCGGACGGCAGGGUGCAGAAUGGGUUCUCUCUGAUGGUAACUUGGAGGAGAAGAAAUAGCUCUUUAGUUUUGCUCAGCUCCUCCAGUUGCCUUCUAAAGGUGUCACUGUUCUUCAGCUAAGAAAGCGCUGCCGGUCUCUCCGUUAAGGUCUUCAGCUGGGGCUGGGAGGAGAAAGCAAGCUAGACGUGGACUUGUUUCUGACACCACCCUAGCCUCCCCCUUCAAACCUCGGCUAGACUUAGGGACCACCUCUGCUGAAAGCUUUGGGACAGGUCAACGGUUAGGACAGAAUCCAUGAGCGUGAAGGUUAAGUUGCCUUGGCAUUGCUCUCACCCAUCACGAGCAUCAUCUGGAGCAGAUCCUCAAAAGUCCUCCUUGAAAACUGUGAGUAAAGCUUACGUGAGGGUGGAGCAUGAAACUCCCUCCUCCUCCUUGCAGCUUUCCCUCUGAUAAGCAUUUGUAGCUUUUCCCACCAGGAGAUAGGAACCUGUAGUUUAGCCGUGACGCCAGUUCAGCGGGAGAGGGAAAAGGGCCAAUUUCUCGACGGAUUAUCUCACCCAGAGCCUCUUGAAAGGACCUUCAGCUGCGCCUGGUCCAGUGAUGCAAAUCCCUCUCUCUCUCUCUGCAUUUUUGGUUGGUUUGUUUACUUGCCCUGAAAUGCCUCAUCUGCCUUGAUGCCCUCAGGGAUGCAGGAAAAUCAGCAUUUGCGCAGUGUUAGGAAUUGGAAAGGCGGGACCAGCUCCGAGUCAAAAUUGGACCAACUUCCUGCUUGUUGAUGCUUUAAAGCAGCAGUGUCCAAACUCGGCAACUUUUAAGACCUCUGGACUUCGAUUUCCAGAAUUCCCCAGCCAGCCAAGCAUGGCUGGCUGGGGAAUUCUGGAAGUCGAAGUCCACAGCUCUUAAAAGUUGCCGAGUUUGGACGCUGUUGCUUUAAAGGGAUUGCUUGCUUAACAUUAGUUCUCAGGCCUCAGCAGCUUGUUUUUAAAAUCCUCUCCCUUUCUCAGCCACAACCCAGUAUUUCUGCACUGUAGAGCACAGGAAGUUUUCCAGAAAUGCAGUUUUAAGUCUCUCGGGUUUUUUAUUUUUUUUUCCCCCCUCUCGAUAACUUUUUUUUUUUUGUUAUCCAUUCUUUAACCACUUUAUAAUGUGUUUUUUUAACUUAUUCUUUUGUAAUGUCUUGGGUUUUUAAAUAUUGCUGCUACCCUUGUUACUCUUCUCACCGUUUAUAUUGCAGAUUUUAUUUUGUAAAAAAAAAAAGUUGUACACUAAUGUGUUUUUUUUUUUCAUUUUAUGUCUAAAUCAAAGUAUUUAAAAAAGAAAUGCUAGUUCUAUUUAAUGUGUUAUGGAGCCGGCUGGAAUAAACAGUGAUUGUGUAGUAGGGUGGGCCCGGGAAGGUCAUGUCCAUUUUUGUUACAUAUGCAAUAAACUCUCACAACUUUA